GAAGUGGAAAAACUCCCGAAAAAGUAGCAUAUAUUCCCAACGCAUUAUUCACAUCAGUACAGAUGAAGGUUCAGGAGAGGAAACUAGUUUAUACAAAUCACCCCGCGACGGUCACAAGUUCAGGGGAGUCGACGGUGGUUUUCUACUUGGUCUGCAGUUGGUGUUUUGUACCGCCAGGCGUUGUUUUGAGAAGGGCGGUUACGAAAGAAACCGGGCGACGUGGAAGCGUGGAGAAUGUCAUGUACGCGCGUCUCGCUUGUGAUCAACAGGGCUUUUCCCAAUAGUUUUUAAAAACGGAUUUUCAGUACAGAUAAAGGUGUAUUUGAAAUAGUAGAGAGGAUAAAAAACAACUGACAUUCUUAAUAUCGUGCAUAAAUUAAAGAUCUAUAGCCAUGGACGAGGCAAUAGCGAUUAUUUUAAUAUCCGUUGCGAUGUUUUUGGGAUGUUUUCUAUUAGGUUUGAUUCCACUUCUGAUGAAACUUUCCGAGAAAAGCCUGCAGUUUGUUAGUGUAUUCGGGGCAGGCCUGCUCUGUGGUACAGCUCUAGCUAUCGUCCUCCCAGAGGGGGUGGAACUACUGGAAGAGUCAUGGAGAGUCUCCUCCUGCUCUGUCGCCCCAGCAGCAGCCAAUCAGAAUGCCAGUGAUGUUGGGGUCGGGCAGCAGCUCCAGGAGGAGGACCCCCCCUCUAAAGGUCUCCCAGCACGGUUCUUCAUCGGGGUCUCCCUGGUCGUAGGGUUCAUCCUCAUGUUCCUGGUGGACCAGAUCAGUAGCUACUGCUCCGGCCACGAUCCACGGACUGGGAUGUCCAACAGGACCAGUAUCACAGCUACACUGGGACUGGUUAUCCAUGCUGCUGCUGACGGUGUAGCGUUAGGUACAGCCGUGGCUUCCUCCCAGGUCACAGUUCAAGUCGUGGUGUUCCUGGCUGUGAUUCUGCACAAGGCUCCUACAGCGUUUGGUCUGGUCACCUUUCUGAUGCAGGCAGGUGUAGAGAAGAAGCAGAUUCAGAAACAUCUCUUGGUGUUCUCUGCUGCAGCACCUGUACUCUCCAUCAGUACAUACUUUAUCCUGAACGCGAGAGGUGGUUCGCCCCAGAACCGUCUGAGUGCUGUGUGUUUCUCCCUCCUACUGCAGAGUGGUGGUUCGCCCCAGAACCGUCUGAGUGCUGUGUGUUUCUCCCUCCUACUGCAGAGAGGUGGUUCGCCCCAGAACCGUCUGAGUGCUGUGUGUUUCUCCCUCCUACUGCAGAGUGGUGGUUCGCCCCAGAACCGUCUGAGUGCUGUGUGUUUCUCCCUCCUACUGCAGAGUGGUGGUUCGCCCCAGAACCGUCUGAGUGCUGUGUGUUUCUCCCUCCUACUGCAGAGUGGUGGUUCGCCCCAGAACCGUCUGAGUGCUGUGUGUUUCUCCCUCCUACUGCAGAGAGGUGGUUCGCCCCAGAACCGUCUGAGUGCUGUGUGUUUCUCCCUCCUACUGCAGAGUGGUGGUUCGCCCCAGAACCGUCUGAGUGCUACAGGUGUUGGGAUGCUCUUCUCCGCCGGGACGUUCCUCUACGUAGCUACGGUCCAUGUACUACCAGAGAUCAGCUCCAGGGGGCAGCAGAGCUCUCCCCACCUCCACGGGACUGGGAGCGGGCAGCUGGAGGUCCUGGAGAGCCUCACGCUGAUACUAGGAGCAGGACUACCUGUGUUACUGGCCCUGGGACUACGUGAUGACUAGUCUUGUGAAUCGACGCUAUCCUACCAAAUCUUGUUCAUUACUCAGCUAUUGAUAAUGAACAUUGAGAAUGAGUGUGAAGGAAGCCUGGAAAUCAAGUCUGUAACUAAGACCGACUAGUUAACGCAAAGAAGACAACCCACAACAUGUUACCAAACAUUCAUUUUACACCUCAACUCUUACAUAGCUAGAGAUCAAUUGGGGGUGUUUCUGUGUGUGUGAUGCAGUACGUGUCAGUGUCUUUCUCUGAGAGGUCAUAAAGACAUGGGCUUUGAGCAAGCCAACAAAGGUAGGAAUAGUGUGUGUGUGUGUGUGUGUGUGUGUGUGUGUGUGUGUGUGUGUGUGUGUGUCAUGUAAAAGAGUGGGAUCAGAGCGAGAGAGAGAGAGCAGUGUGUGCGUCUGACUCUGGUGUAUAGAGCUUUUGUAAUAGUUUGUCUUGUCCGAUCUCAGUGGGACAUUCUUUUGAGCUAAACUAUUGAAGUUGUCUGAAAAGAACAAGACCAUUUCUUGUAAGUGGACCCGUUUUUAAAAUAACCCCAGUUUCCUGAUGUCCUUUUGUACCACUUCUGAACAAACAAAACAUUUGUUUAUUUAUUUAGGUUAGCCCAAAAAAAUCCCCAAAACCAGAUUUUAAUCAAAUGGAUAAGAUUUCAUCUUUUGUCAUCUCUGAGAAAUGUUUUGGCUGGGUUGUUGUAAGGUACUGAAGUAUUCAGGGCAGGUUGUGAAAAGCUAAAAAAAACAAACACUUUAUAAGAAUUUAAAUGGUUGUCAUACCGACGUGGCCUAAAUGAUCCACAAUAUAGUGAUGAUUUAUUGAUUUUAUAUUGGAUGUGAUCAAGAUAUGUCUUUAUAGACAAGGAGAGAUUUUAAAAAAGAAAAUACAUUUCUACAUGGUGUACUAUAGUCAGGACAAUGUUGUCUGGUUACCAGUCUGUUUAGAUAUCGUAACACUCCUUGGCAAUCUGUGUCAAAUGCUAAACAUCUUUAUAACACAGAGUACCCGAAGUGGAAUAUUAUCCAAACAGAUUGGUACCCAGGCUAAGGACAAUAGGCUGUAUUUUUAAUGAAUACUUUAUCAUAACAAUCAUAGAUUUUAAAAAAACAUGUUUUAAAACUACAUGACUUGUAAAUUGCUGAUUAAUAAAGUUAGAUUGUAUUGAA